AUGCCCGGCCUUCCUCUCUCUGGUCCUACCCCAUCCCCCGCCUCCUCUCCACAACACCCAAUUCCAACUCUAGGCGGCCACAGCAAGACCCCUUCCCAGAUCUACGUUCUCUCCGCAGACGGAUCCCACCUCUUUCUCUUGGACCCCACAGAACCCCCAGGAGAGCUCCCACCGGCAUACCAUACGAUCCAAUCUCCGCGCUCCGCCCAUACAUCGGCGGCGUCACUACCGCCCACGUCACCUCGGUAUAGCUAUAGCCAUUCGGCCGAGAUAGGCGUGGAAGAUGAACCAAAUGGAGGACCCAGCUCGCCCAGGUCGGUCAGAGUGCAGGCGUUGCCGAGUGUCCGGAGCAGGAGUUCUGCGAGUUUGGGAGCGCAGGGGGAUAGGGAGGAGGCAGGGGGAAGACAUCGGGCGUAUACGACCUCCGAAGCUGGAGUGGUCCGAGGACGAGGCGCCCUACAGGAUGGACGGAUAUCUCUGGGAGGAUCCGCCCAGAUGAGGGCUGCAAACAGCGGAAUCGAGCCGGAUGUGGACGCAGACGAGCGGACGGCAUUACUAGGCGGUCUUUCAGUCAGCGGGAGGAGGCGUAGGAGUACUCUUCGGUCCGUCUUCUGCGGCGAGCUAGAGGACGAGUAUGUGGAUAUGACCUGGAAAGCAGGCUGGAGGAGGUUCUGGACCCCGAUAGGGAGGAAGGAGUACUGGCGGAGUCUACUCCAUCUCGUUCUGCUCAACUUCCCAUUCGCACUCUUGAUCUGGCCAUUCCUCUUCGCCGGCACGGUCGCCGGUACCGCCCUUCUUAUCACCCUGCCCAUCGGCGCCGCAGUAUGGUGGCUGACCCUGAUACUCGCGAGGACAGCAGCGAGAGUAGAAAUCAUGAUGCAGACGCAUCAUCAUGCUCCGCUCUCACGGGCUAUACCGGUCUAUCACCCGAUCUUCCACCGUCCGCUCUACGCCUGCACUCAAUAUGUUUCGGACGGACCCACCGGCGAGGAGCAGGGUCCGCUGGAAUGGGAGAGGGGGUUCAUCAAGUGCUCGUACGCAAUGUUCUGCGACCACUACUCCUACUCCGCCCUGUGCUAUUUCGUGCUCAUCAAGCCCCUCCUCACCCUCUUUCCCACAAUCGCCAUCAUCGCCCUCCUCCCUAUAGCUUUUGUCAGCGGGUUUGGGUCACCGGUAUACCUAAGAGCGGCGAGGCGGUGGGGGAGGUGGCAGGCUGGUGUAGCUCUUGAUAACCUCUGA